AUGCUUACCUUCGCGAUCGCUGUGAUCGUCUUCUUUGCCCUCGUUUGGGCUUUCUUCAAGUCACUCCCUUGGAUUCUUCGGCGUUCUGCUGGAAUAACUCUUAGUUUUCAGUUUCAUGGUUGGAAUUGCUUGAAAGAUGUUGUAUUGCAAUUCAACAAGGGUUCUAUUGAAUCUAUACUCGUUGGAGAAUUUAAAGCCAGUCUAAGCCAAUCCCUUGUUGAGCUUUUUGCCAAGGCUUUUAUCCAUGAUCCUAAAGUUAUUUUCUCUAUAUGUGACCUCAAAAUUGUUACUAGACCUUCCAGCUCGAAGAAAGGUCCCCGCAAAUCCAAAACUCGGAAAUCGCGCUCUACUGGUGGCAACAACGGGAAAUUGAUGCUACUCGCUAAUGUUGGUAGAUUCUUUUCGGUUUCUAUGACUAAUUUGGUUGUUCAGACACCUAAAGCUAGAGCAGAAAUCAAGGAGCUAGAGCUUGAUUUAUCUAAAGAAAGAGGGUCCGGGAAUUUUUUCAUCAAACUGUACCUGUUGCCGAUAUCUGUACAGAUUGGUGAACCACAUGUUAUUUCCACUCAUUCACCUGAGAUGAUCAGAGAUACUGUCCUCGAUAAGCAGACAUCUUCCAAAAUCGCAGAGGACUCUUCGUUUCAUUGCGAAAAACUUUCCUUCUCUUGCGAAUUUGGUCAUAAUAGACAAUCAAGUUCAAGUAUAAAGAAUGUUGAAGUUGAUAUAGCCGAUACUGUUUGUAACCUCAAUGAGAAGCUGCUCUUGAAAAAAAAAACCUCGACAAGUGCUACUUCCACAGAUGAAGUGAUUGGAUCAAGUUCUGGUGUCACAGCUUCAGAAAAACCUCCAAAGCAACCAGUGAAUGUUUUGGUUGCAAAGCAUGCUUCAAAAUUCCCUGAGAAAGUAUCAUUUGAUUUGUCGAAGCUUGAUAUCAGAUUUGUGCAUCAAGAACAUGAUUUUUCUAUCGCGAAUAGCAUGACAGGGUUUCAGUUGAGAAGUACCAAAUCUCAAUCCAGUGAAGAUGGCAAGGAAGAGCCAUGUCUUGAUGUUGUCAUGGAACUCCGGGAGAUACAUCUUAUUAGAGAAUCUGAAGUUUCCGUCUUGGAGAUGUCAAAGAUCGGGGUUUCCUCCAAGGUGUAUUGUCCAAUGCAAGAAUCUAACCCUGUUAGAACUGAGGUUGAGAUUAAGCUGGGAGGUAUGAUGUGCAACGUUAUAAUGAUGAGAUUUGAGCCGUUGCUGCGUUUGCAGUUGUCUAAAAAGAAAAAGAUUGUUCUCAAAGAGGAAAGACCUAACAUUGCAAAAUCAGAACCUACUACUGGUUUUAAGGCAGUGGUAUGGAAAUGUCUCACCUCAGCUCCUGAUGUGACAGUUGUGCUAUACAAUCCCGGCAGUUCUCCUAUAUACCAAUUCUGCUCAGAUUCAUUACUGGUCACUGCAAAUAAUAUGUCAAGUAGGGGAACAAGUGUGCAAAUGGAGGUCAAUGAAAUGAAUCUAUGCAUGGUAGAUGAACAUAAGGGAUGUUUGAAAGAAAGCCUCUUUGGUUUAGAUGAACAUAAGGGAUCAUUAAUCAAUUUAAGAAAGGUGAGACUGGAAUGGGGGAAGAAAGAUGAGGAUGAUGGUUCUAAAGGUAAACAAAAACUGGUGGUUGACGUAUCGGAAAUCGGUCUGCUAUUUUCUUUCAGGAGUUUUGAAGGGCUUGUAGUAAAUGCAAUGUCAAUUCAGGCAUUCAUCAAAAGUUUAACCGGUGCUAGUAGUAAUAAGAAGAGCACACAAGACAAAGGAGGGGCACAUAAAUCGAAACCAUCGGGCAGAGGGACUCAACUCAUGAAACUCAAUGUUGAACGUUUCUCUGUGAAUUUCUCUGGAGAUUCAAACCUGGACAAUACAGUGAUUGAUGAUCCUAAACGUGUCAAUUAUGGAUCACAAGGCGGAAGAGUUAUAAUUAGUGUCUCGGCUGAUGGAUCACCUCGAACCGCAAGCGUUAUGUCUAAUCUGCCAAAGGAACAUGAGAAGUUGAAGUACAUUAUUUCGUUUGAGUUACUCAAAUUCGGCUUUACUCUAAACAAGGAGAUUCAGUCUACACAGGUAGAUUUUGAGAAAGCAAAGUCGGUCUACCAGGAGUUUUUGGAGGAACCUCAUCCAGUUUCAAGAGUGACACUUUGUGACAUCCAAAAUGCCAAGUUUGUACGUCGUAAUGGCGGUGUUAAGGAAGUUGCAAUCUGUUCGCUCUUCAGUGCCUCUAAUAUUGCUGUGAGAUGGGAGCCUGAUGUGCAUAUAUCAAUGGUUGAGCUUGGUCUGCGUUUGAAGUCUCUUGUCUUAUGUCAGAAACUUAAGCAACAUGGUGACAGAAACCAAGAAGAUAAACACAAGGAAGAACCAACUUCUAGUCCGAAGAAUUCUGCUGAUAAGCAAAAGAAGAAGGAAUCUAUAUUUGCUGUUGAUGUAGAGAUGUUAAGUAUAUCCGCGGAGGCAGGGGAUGGAGUGGAGGCUGAGGUGCAGAUUCAGUCGAUUUUCUCGGAGAAUGUGCGUAUCGGAGUACUCCUAGAAGGGUUUAUGCUUGGUUUUUGUGGAUGUAGGAUAUUCAAAAGCAGUCGGGUACAGAUAUCGCGAAUACCGAGCAUGUCUUCCACUUCGUCCAAUGUGACAGCAGGAGCAGGAACUCCAUGGGAUUGGGUAAUUCAAGGACUUGAUAUACAUAUAUGCAUGCCCUUCAGGCUACAACUCCGUGCUAUUGAUGACGCUGUCGAAGAAAUGCUGAGGGCUUUAAAGCUUGUAACCAAUGCCAAAAACAGACUCAUUUUUCCUAUCAAAAAGGAAGUAAGCUCAACACCUAAAAAGUCUGGCUCAAAGAAAUUCGGACGUGUAAGAUUCUGCAUUCGCAAGUUAAUAUUUGAUAUUGAGGAAGAACCCCUCCAAGGUUGGCUUGAUGAGCAUUAUCAUCUUAUGAGGAAAGAAGCGCAUGAAUUAGCCGUGAGGUCGAAGUUCCUUGAUGAGUUAAUUUCCAAUGGAAACCAGGUUCCUAAAACUGGUGGGGGAGAUGAGUCAGACGGCGAAAAGAAUAUUUCUUUCGAGGGAGAAGAAAUCGACUUGCGAGAUCCUGCCAUUAUCCAGAUGAUGAAUGAAAAAUUAUAUAAACAAUCGUUCGAUUCAUAUUACAGGUCUUGUCAAAGUUUAAAACUUUCAGAUGGUUCAGGUGCUUGUAAAGAAGGAUUUCAGUCUGGUUUUAAGAUGAGCAAUUCUAGGACAUCUCUUCUUUCUGUGUCUGUUACUGAUCUGGAUCUAAGUCUUACAGCUAUUGAUGGAGGUGAAGUUGGUAUGAUAGAAUUGGUUAAGAAGCUUGAUCCUUUAUGUGAAGAAAAAGACAUACCUUUUUCGCGGCUCUAUGGAUUCAAUCUUCGGUUAAACACUGGAACUCUUGCUGUUCAACUAAGAGAUUACACAUUUCCUCUUCUCUCAACAACUUUGGGUAAAUCCGAAGGCCGUCUUGUGUUGGCUCAGCAGGCAACAGCUUUUCAGCCCCAAAUACUCCAUGAUGUGUAUGUAGGAAGAUGGAGAAAAGUGCAGAUGCUUCGUUCAGCCGGUGGAACAACACCUGCAAUGAAAACAUACAUGGACUUGCCGCUACAUUUCCAGAGAGGAGAGAUCUCCUUUGGAAUUGGAUAUGAACCAGUACUUGCUGAUAUCAGCUAUGCCUUCACCGUGGCUCUUCGCAGAGCUAAUCUCAGUCUAAAGGGUCCUGGUCUUGUUCUGCCUCCGAAAAAGGAGAAAAGUUUACCAUGGUGGGAUGAAAUGAGAAAUUACAUCCAUGGAAAUAUAACCUUGUCCUUUUCUGAGACAAAGUGGAUUGUUCUUGCUACUCCGGACCCUUAUGAAAAGCUUGACAAGCUUCAGAUGAACUCGUCCUCCGUGGAAAUCCAGCAAACAGAUGGUCGCGUGCACUUCUCUGCCGAGGACAUAAAGAUUUACAUGAGCAGUUUUGAAAGUUUGGCUAGACAUUAUCCAAACUCUCCAACUUGUCCAUCAAUCUACCCAUUCCUUGAGGUUCCACGUUUCAGUCUUGAAGUCCGGAUGGAUUGGGAGUGCGAGUCUGGAAGUCCAUUAAAUCAUUAUCUGUUUGCUUUACCUGUUGAAGGAAAGGCUCGUGAUAAGAUUUAUGAUCCUUUCAGGUCUACUUCUCUCUCACUACGCUUCGACUUCUCCUUAAGACAUAACCCAUCUGUAUCUGCAGUUGGAUCAUCCGAGUGUAAGCGUGAUAAACCGUCUAUUUCCCCACCUACAAUAAACAUUGGUGCUCAUGAUUUGGCAUGGUUGAUCAGAUUCUGGAACAUGAAUUAUCUUCCUCCUUACAAACUUAGAACUUUUUCGCGGUGGCCUCGCUUUGGAGUUCCAAGAAUCCCAAGAUCAGGGAAUUUGUCCCUAGACAGAGUGAUGACAGAAUAUAUGCUCCGCAUUGAUGUUGCACCUAUAUGUAUAAAGCAUAUGACACUGGACUCUGACAAUCCUGCAAGAGGCUUGACAUUUAAUAUGACCAAGCUGAAAUAUGAAAUGUGCUUCAGUCGUGGUAACCAGGAGUUCACUUUUGAUUGCAAGCGUGAAACUCUUGAUCCAGUGUACCAGGGAAUAGACCUUCAUGUGCCUAAAGCCUAUUUAAAAAGGGAUCAGCAUUGCUCGAAGCCAGCUCAGGUUAUGCGAACAAGUUCACAAUCUGGAUCAACGAAUAGAGUCACUCCUGAAAAAGGGAGUUCUGUCAGUGAUUGCACCGACAAGCAUCCUGACGACGGCUUUCUGUUUUCGUCAGAUUAUUUCACAAUCAGGAGGCAAGCUCCUAAGGCUGACCCUGAAAGAAUGAUGGUAUGGAAAGAAGAAGGAAAAAUAUACCGCGAAAAAGUAGAUGCAAAACCUACAAAUGAGCGAGAAAAUGAUAGUGAGGAGAAUUCACAUUCAGAUCCGAGCGAUGAUGAUGGAUAUAAUGUCGUGAUAGCGGACAAUUGUCAGCGUAUUUUUGUUUAUGGACUUAAACUACUGUGGAACAUAGAAAACAGAGAUGCUGUUUUGUCCUUUUUUGCUGGGAUGUCUAAGGCAUUUCAACAUCCCAAGCCUUCCCCAUCACGUCAGUAUGCUCAGAGAAAGUUACUUGAGGGCAGCCAGAAGCAAUCUGAAUUAGAAGUACCUCAAGAUGACCCGACUAAACCGCCUUCCACAGGCAAUGGAAACCCCACUACCCAAUCUAAGGAGCCUGUGGAAGUUCUUUCACCUUCAUCAGAACCAAUUAAAACAGAGAACUUUGCAUCUUUCCCAAUUGGAGCCACAAAGACUGGCAAUUCAAAUGGUUCAGAGGAAGAAGGAACUCGGCAUUUUAUGGUGAAUGUUAUUGAGCCACAAUUCAAUCUCCAUUCAGAAGACGUAAAUGGUAGGUUUUUGCUCGCUGCUGCUAGUGGCCGUGUUUUGGCAAGAUCAUUUCACUCAGUUGUUCAUGUUGGGUAUGAAAUGAUUGAGAAGGCAGUUCAGAAUGAGAAUGAUCAAAGUCCUGAAAAUGGCACUGACAUGACAUGGACACGCAUGGAAGUGUCCAUGAUGUUGGAGCAUGUACAAGCUCAUGUCGCACCUACGGAUGUCGAUCCAGGAGCUGGUGUGCAAUGGCUCCCAAAGAUUAAAAGAAGCUCCUCAAAGGCAAAGCGUACUGGCGCACUGCUUGAAAGAGUUUUUAUGCCGUGUGACAUGUACUUUCAAUACACCAGGCACAAAGGUGUGACUCCAGAUUGGAAGGUGAAGCCACUGAAAGAGCUUACUUUCAAUUCUCGUAAUAUUACAGCGUCGAUGACAUCACGUCAGUUUCAAGUUAUGUUGGAUGUUUUGUCCAAUCUUUUGUUUGCAAGGUUACCAAAGCCUCAGAACGAUAGUUUGAAACUCUCCGGUGAAGAAGAUGAUGAAGUUGAAGAGGAAAUUGAUGAGGUAGUUCCUGAUGGUGUUGAGGAAGUGGAACUCGCGAAAAUCGAACUUGAAUAUAAAGAGAGGGAUAGGAUGUUGCUUGUUGAUGAUAUCAGAAAAUUGACGCAGAACGAAAGUAACUCAGGAAGCGUAAGUCUCGAAAAGGAAAGCGAUUUCUGGAUGAUCACUGGUGGGAGGCCAAAACUGGUGGAGGGACUGAGGAAAUCGUAUCUAAAUGUGCAACAAUCGAGGAAGACAGCGUAUACAACACUGCGGAUUUCUGUGAAGAAUGCUGCAGAGCUAAGGUUGUUGGAAAAAGAUAAGAACAAAAGACCAUCCUCUGCCAUGCGCAUUUCCUUACAAAUCAACAAAGUCGUCUGGUCUAUGCUUUUAGAUGGCAAAACAUUCGCCGAGGUUGAAAUAGACAAUAUGGUUUAUGAUUUUAACCGGGACUACAGAGAUAUUGGUAUUGCCCAGUUCACAACAAGAUACUUUGUCCUGCGGAACUGUUUGCCUAAUGCCAAGUCUGAUACUGUUCUGUCAGCGUGGAAUCCUCCUCCGGAAUGGGGCAAGAAAGUGAUGUUACAGGUAGAUGCAAGGCAAGGAAUCCCAAAAGACGGACAGGCUCCUUAUGAACUUUUCCAGGUCGAAAUCUAUCCUCUAAAAAUCCAUUUGACAGAAACAAUGUACACAAUGAUGUUGGAGUAUAUCUUCCCAGGAGAGGAGCAACAAUCCCAGAGAAGAGAGGAAGUUUGGAAGGUGUCAACAACCGCAGGAUCAAGGCGAGUCAGGAAGGGUUCAUUCGCCCAAGAAGCGGCUGCGUUGCUCUCUACAUCUGAUAUAAGCCAGGUGAAUCUUUUGCUAACAUGGGAAGAGACGGUGGCGGAAUCUGUAGCUAAUGAGCUUGUUCUAUCUUCCAUGGAGAGUGAAUCCUCAAGAAACAAGCUGAAGGAUUCAAAAACUACCAAGGCUGGCCGUUCAGUUCACGAAGAAAAGAAGACGGAAAAGUCAUUGGAAGACAAGAAAUCGAGGCCUAAAAAGAUUAUGCAAUUCCAGACCAUCAAGAUAAGUCAGGUGGAAUUGUUGAUCACUUACGAGGGCUCAAGAUUUGUUGUGAACGAUUUGAAGCUGUUGAUGGACACAUUUCAUCGUGUUGAAUUCAGCGGCACAUGGAGGAGACUCUUCUCUCGAGUUAAGAAGCACAUUAUUUGGGGAGUCCUCAAGUCGGUAACAGGGAUGCAAAUGAAAAAAUUCAAAGACAAAGCGCAUGUUCCAAAAGAUGAUAUCGGUUUGAGAGACAAAAACGAGUCAGGGAGAUCAGAUCAGGAUUCAGGGGCGUGGGUGAAGAGUCCUGGUGACAGUGCAGGUGAUGGAUUUGUCACAUCGAUUAGAGGUAUUUUCAACACGCAAAGGCGAAAGGCCAAAAAAUUCGUGCUUCGGACAAUGAGGGGUGAAACAGAAGACAGCUUCCCAGGGGAGUGGAGUGAUAACGAAUCAGACUUCUCUCCUUUUGCAAGACAAUUGACGAUUACUAAAGCUAAAAAACUCAUCAGGCGUCACUCUAAGAAGUUCCAAAACCAAAACACUACUAAAGGUUCUAAGAAGUCCCAACUCUCGCCUACUCUGUCUCCUCCUAAGGAAGAAGAUCGAUACGAAAGCGACUCUUCUAGUGGUUCUUCUGCUUAUGAAGAGUUUCUUGACCAGAAUCAGAUUUAA